CGGAAGGCUAAUAAUGUAGGAUUGAAUUGCGUGAAGUAUACACGUAGGGAAUCAGUAAAUGUGCUUCUAGGUGUUUUUUUUUAAUCCGAUAACUUUUAUAAAAGCAACGUAUGUUGUUCAUCCGCUUGAAAAUAUUAAUUGGCAAAUAUUAUUUUCUACUUUUGUUAGUAGGUUUAUUUUUUGUUGUCCACAUUUGACCGUUAGCGCGUGCCAAGUCUAGCACUGGGGGAUUGUUCCACAUUGAGCAUCAAACGUUGUUUUAACUUGCUUUAAGAAGCUAAAGGCACCGAGACACAGAAGUCACUGAAUUGCUUUUAAAAUGGUGUUUUUUACUUGCAACGCGUGUGGUGAAUCGUUAAAAAAAGCUCAGGUUGAGAAACACGUGAAUAUGUGUCGUGGUUGCCAAGUGCUGUCCUGUAUCGACUGUGGAAAAGACUUCUGGGGUGAUGACUACAAAGAUCACAACAAAUGUAUAAGUGAAAAUCAGAAGUAUGGAGGGAAAGGCUACGAGGCUAAGGCAAACAAAGGAGAUGUGAAACAACAGCAGUGGAUUCAGAGAGUACAUGAAGCCAUGAGCAAACCGGGUAUCAGUGCCAAGCUGAAAGAUGUGCUUAGACAAGUCAGUACGUAUGAUAACGUUCCAAGAAAGAAAGCGAAGUUUCAGAAUUGGAUGAAAAACAGCCUUAAAAUAAACAACACGAGUCUACAUGAUGAAGUGUGGGAGAUCAUUUCUGCUGCAGACGCUCCUGAGACCAAACAGCUGACUAACGGAAAUAAAGAACCAGCAGCUGAAGUCCAGUUAGACACUAAUGGAACUGAAAAUCAGGGGGACCAACCCGAAACUGGGGAGAAGAAGAAGCUGAACAAACGGGAGCGUAAAGAAGCUCGUCAGCAAAAGAGUGGAAAAACUACAAAGUGUGACAAGAAAACAGCAGCUGAAGAGCCAGAAAAAGACCAAACGGACAAGAAGAAAAAGAACCAAAAGCGAAAACACCAAUACGAAGAAGCAGACGGAGAAGAGCAGAACGAGAACAGUAAUGACUAUCAGAGUUCUCUCAAGAAAAUCAAGCCAGCAGAAGUUUCUGACGUUCUCAUGGAAGAGGAUGCUGGGGAGCAAGCUGUUACUCAAGGCAAAUUCAACUGGAAAGGAAACAUUAAAGCUGUGCUGAGAGAGUCACCUGACCAAGAGCUGCCAGUGAAGAAGCUCCGGAAGAAGAUUUUGGCUGCAUAUUAUGCUUUCACCGGUGACAGGAAUCUCAAAACAGAAGAGGACUUGUUGGUGCUUUUCAACAAGAAAGUCAAUAAAAAUCCCAAAUUCAGAGUUUUGAAAGAUCGAGUCAAACUUCUAAAUUAGACUGUCUUAGAAUGUAAUAAUUAAAAUGUCCAUUGCUACAA